AUGAUUAUCAGUAGUAGUUGCGUGCGUACAUUUUGCCCGCGCCUCCCGUCGUCGUCGAAGAAGCGUGCCCUCCGGACGGCUGCGCUGGUGACUUUCACUAUCCGCCGGCGACGUUUGAGCACCGCGUGCUCAGUUUCAGCCACCAAGAGUAAAGAGAAGGAGAAGGUGAUAGUCGUAUCUGGGCCCACCGGAGCAGGGAAGAGCCGCCUGGCUUUGGAGCUCGCUAAGCGGCUCAAUGGCGAGAUUAUCAGCGCCGACUCUGUUCAGGUAUAUCGGGGACUUGAUAUUGGAUCUGCCAAGCCUUCCCCAGGUGAUAGACAGGAGGUGCCGCAUCAUCUUGUUGAUAUUUUGCACCCAUCUGAAGACUAUUCCGUCGGAAAAUUUUAUGAGGAUGCAAGGCAAGCUACAAGAUCUAUUCUUGAUAGUGGCCGUGUUCCCAUAGUUACUGGUGGCACUGGAUUGUACUUGCGCUGGCUCAUAUACGGAAAACCAGAUGUUCCCAAAGCAUCUCCAGAUAUUGCAUCUGAAGUGUAUUCCGAGUUAGCAGAUCUGCAGAACAAUGAAGACUGGGAAGCAGCUGUGCAGUUAGUGGUCAAAGCAGGUGACCCAAAGGCUCAAUUUUUGGCUGCCAAUGACUGGUAUCGAUUAAGACGCAGCCUUGAGAUCAUUAAGUCUAGUGGAUCACCUCCAUCUGCAUUUCAAGUACCCUAUGAUUCUUUCCGGAAACAAUGUGAUUCUAGUGUAGUUGACAGACAUGACAUCAAUCCUUCUACUGUUGUUGUGGAAGAAGUAACAUCAAAGGAAUUGGACUAUGAUUUCAUUUGCUUUUUCCUCUCAAGCAAAAGAGUUGAUCUUUAUAGAUCAAUUGACUGCCGAUGUGAAGAUAUGCUGUCAGGAAGUGAUGGUAUCUUGUCUGAGGCUAGAUGGCUUCUUGAUAGCGGUCUUCUUCCAAAUUCAAAUUCAGCAACCAGAGCAAUUGGUUACAGACAAGCAAUGGAGUAUCUAUUGAUGUGCAGGCAGCAAGGAGGUAGCUCUCCAAGAGAGUUCUUCAAUUUUUUAUCUGAAUUUCAAAAAGCUUCUAGAAAUUUUGCAAAACGGCAAUUGACGUGGUUUCGUAACGAGAGUAUCUAUCACUGGCUUGAUGCUUCCAAACCCUUGGAAACGGUGCUCAACUUCAUUUAUGAUGCAUACCAUGACAAAAGUGAAAAUUUGGUUGUGCCUGAAUCACUUAGAAUGAAGAAAGAGUUAUCAAGCCGCAGAGAAGAAUCCGAACUAAAGGGCUAUCGAACUCAAAAUAGGCAUUUUGUCAGACGUGAAGAUUGCUCAGACAUCCUAGACUGGAUAAGGAGAACACAAGGCUUAAACAGUGAAUCGUAA